AUGUCUUCAACCCCAUUUUAUUCAUCAGGAAAUAAUCAUUUUUCUACAAACGAACCGGGAUAUGUUGCUCUUCCUUCGUCAGUAGAUCUAGCAGACGGAACUUAUAGGCCUGAGAGUAAUGAAAGUAAUACGCUACUUGAAGAUGACGAAAAUAAAUUUGAUGUCGCAGAUGAACAGAUAGAUCGACCAUGGAGGUAUAAAGUUAUUGCAUUAUUGUGUGCAUUGUCUUUGGCAGUUGGAAGUCAUUAUGCUGGUCAUACAUUAGGAGCUUUGAAAUCAACUAUUAAAGAGGAAUUAGAAAUCUCUAAUUCUCAAUAUGGAGUAAUACAAUCCUCUGUAUCAUUAGUUAACACAAUUCUACCAAUUCUUGGUGGUGUCUUUAUUGACACGUUUGGAACAUCAACUGGAUCAAUCCUGUCCACAUCACUUAUUGCUGCUGGAAAUAUUCUGGUAGCAUUGUCUACUAAUUUGGUAUCAUUUCCCGUGAUGGUAUUCGGUAGAAUACUUUAUGGCAUCGGAAGUGGAACUAUCGUUACAAUUCAAACUACUAUUCUUAGUCAUUGGUUUAAAGGGAAAGGACUGUCGAUCGUAAUUGGAGUACAAAUUGCUGCGUCAAGACUGUCGUCAUUCUUGGCAAAUUUGACGGUUGUUCAAAUAAAGGAUGCUACUGGUUUUUACGGUUGGGCAUUUUGGUUUGCAGCAUUUCUAUGUGUGAUUUCCUUAUUGGUCAACGUAUUUUAUAUAUUUGUUAUGAAAAUAAUUAAUGAAAAUCUCUCAGAGCAAGAGCUCCUAAAACUUAAACAAAAAAAAACAUUUAGUCCUAGAAAAUUAUUAUAUCUUCCAGCAAUUUUUUGGAUUAUCGUGUUACUCGAAUUUGAAUUUGGCAGCUCUUGGACUUCAUUUUUACAUAUACACGCAGAAUUGCUAAAAAUCCGAUGGGGUCUCACGAAUGAUGAGGCUGGUAAACGUUCAAGUCUUGCACAAUUAUUACCAAUAUUCAUAGCUCCUUUUCUUGGUUAUUUUUUGGACAGAUUUGGCAGACGUUCCACCACAUGGAUGUUGUUAUUUUCAAUAUCUCUUUCAUUUGGGCCUGUAUGUCUAGUUUCAUCAAUUCCGAUUCUAUUACCAUUAGAUUAUGUUGGUACAGGAUUAGGAAUUGUAAAAUCAUGCUCUAAUAUUGGCUCAACCUUGUGUGACAUCAUCAUUGGUAUAUUGCAAGAUUUAGAUGGUGGUCAAUACAGGCUAGUGAUGCAAUUGUAUUUGGUUAUUUGUACUACAGCGAUUAUAGUUGCUGUGUGGUUGUCAUUGGUAGCAAAAAAAUGGUAUGAUGGAGUAUUAGACAUGAAUGAAAAUGAAAGAAAUGAAUAUUAUGAUCAUAUGCGAAGAAAACAUGAUAAUGAGCAAGAGCGAGAGAAUUUAAGCAAUUAUGGUCUUGAAACAUUAAACCGCCCAUCAAGACGAAAUUGGGUCUAUAUUAUAACUUUUGUUGUUGUUCUAAUUUUAAGUUGGAUUUUAUUCUUUAUUUUUGUAAUUUGA